AUGGGCCACGAGCUGACAAGCCUGCAGCGUGAAGUGAUUUCCGGACUCACAGCAGGAACAAUCACAACAAUCGCUAGCCACCCGCUCGACCUGCUUAAACUGCGACUACAAUUAUCAGCGGGCAACAGGGCUAACACUACAUAUACAGGACUAAUCAGAGACAUAUUUGAACGCCAGCAAUGGGGACGAGAGCUAUAUCGUGGUUUAGGCGUUAACCUGCUUGGAAAUUCAGUGGCAUGGGCGCUUUACUUUGGCUGUUACCGAUGCGCAAAGGACAUUGCGCUUCGACACUUGGGCAAUGAGUCUGCUACGGGUAUCAUGGACCGCCGCCUGCCAGCGCACGCAUACAUGCUUGCAGCUGGUAGCAGCGGGAUUGCGACGGCAGUCCUUACAAACCCCAUAUGGGUCAUUAAGACUCGCAUAAUGGCCACUUCUCGUGCUGGACCUUACAAGUCGACGUUUGACGGGGUUUAUAAGUUAUAUCAAACUGAAGGUGUUCUGGCAUUCUGGCGGGGUGUUGUUCCAUCGCUACUCGGCGUCUCGCAAGGAGCUAUCUACUUUGCGCUGUAUGAUACAUUGAAAUUCCAUUACCUGCACUCUAGUACUGACAAGGCCGAGCGAAGGUUGUCGGUUUCCGAGAUCAUCGGCAUAACAUGUAUCUCUAAAAUGAUUUCCGUCACAUCGGUCUAUCCAUUUCAGCUGCUGAAAUCUAAGCUGCAGGAUUUUGGUGCACCAUCCGGCAUCACCCAACUUGUUCAGACUGUUUACAGUAGAGAGGGUAUCAGAGGCUUCUACAGGGGCCUAUCCGCUAAUCUCCUGCGGGCAGUUCCUGCUACAUGCAUAACCUUUUUCGUGUACGAAAAUAUCAAAUAUCGUCUCUAA